GCUUCCCGGGCUAGGGAAGUGGCGGAGCCAGAGGCCCCUGUGCGGCGCGGGGCUGAGCUCGCCACGCAGGCGCCCGCGCCCCCGCCGCCAUUGUUGCGUGCCCCGGGCCUCUCGGGACGCUCCGGGUGCGCGUCCGCCGGCUCCCGGCGACAGGUCUUUGCUUCUAUUACUACCUUUUGAUGGCAGUCCCAACCCCUGUCCCCAACAGAUUGCAUGUAUCUCACAAGUCUGAGGAUGUAGGAGAAGACCAAGAGUCUCUUAACCAUCCCUGCAAGUUCUGGGCUCAGAAUUUGUAACUGCGGCUGCUAACUCUACCUUGAUCCUCUUGUGCCCCUGACUGCAGCAGCCCUUGAUAUAAUAUCUUUGUGGCUCUAGCAUGAGACUUCAAGCGGCUGGCUCACUGCUGGAGAUCUAAAGGAUAUUGCCAGAUUGACUCUCCUGUCUGUAGCCAUGUUAGCCUCGUGCAAGAGGAUGACCAAUUCUUCACGCUCCCAAGUCCUUCUAAUGUGGAAGCCAGACAAGGCUCAGAGUGGACCCCACAAUGUUGAGAAGGAAAUCCUUGCAUCAAGAAUCUUGCGUGACACUGAGACCUGUCGACAGAAUUUUAGGAAUUUUCCAUAUCCAGACCUAGCUGGUCCUCGAAAGGCAUUGAAUCAACUCCGAGAACUUUGCCUUAAAUGGCUGAGACCUGAGAUUCACUCAAAGGAGCAAAUCCUGGAUCUGCUGGUGCUGGAGCAGUUCCUGACCAUCCUGCCUGGGGAGGUUAGGACUUGGGUGAAGUCCCAGUACCCAGAGAGCAGUGAGGAAGUGGUGACUCUGGUGGAGGAUUUGACUCAGAUUCUAGAAGAGGAAGCUGCUCCUCAGAACUCUGCCCUUCCCCAAGAGACCCAAGAGGAAGACCCCAAAGGAAGACCUGCUUUCCAGGCAGGGUGGUUAAAUGACUUGGUGACCAAAGAAUCAAUGACAUUCAGAGAUGUGGCUGUGGAUAUCACCCAGGAGGACUGGGAGAUAAUGCGCCCUGUACAGAAGGAAUUGUACAAGACUGUGACAUUACAGAACUACUGGAACAUGGUUUCUCUGGGACUUACAGUGUACCGGCCAACUGUGAUUCCCAUACUGGAAGAACCAUGGAUGGUGAUAAAAGAAAUCUUAGAAGGCCCUAGUCCAGAAUGGAAAACAGAACCCCAAGAGUGUAUUCCAGUUACAAAUAUUUCUAAAGUCACAAAGACUGGAACUCAGACCAUCAAAUUGGAAGAACCCUGUGACUAUGAUGAAAGAUUCGAGAGGCAAGCAGCAGAUACCUUCAGGAAAAUACCCACUAAUGAAAGAAAUUUCACUUUGAAGUCAGUCAUCACAAAAGAAGAUGACCCUAUGGAAGAGUGUUUUAGUAAAUAUGAUAUAUAUAGAAAUAAUUUUGAAAAGCAUUCAGACCUAGUUAUUCAGUUCGGUCCCCAAUCAGAUAAUAAAACUAUGUAUGAUGAAGGCAGGGCAACCUUCAAUCAUGUCUCCUAUGGUAUUGUACAUAGAAAGAUAUAUCCUGGAGAGAAGCCUUAUAAAUGUAAUGUGUGUGGGAAAAAGUUUAGGAAAAACCCAUCCUUUGUGAAACACCAAAGUACCCAUGCCAAAGAAAAAUCUCAUGAAUGUGAAGAAUGUGGGAAAGAGUUUAGGCAUAUCUCAUCCCUUAUUGCACAUCAAAGAAUGCAUACUGGGGAGAAACCAUAUGAAUGCCACCAGUGUGGUAAAGCCUUCAGCCAGCGUGCACACCUUACUAUACAUCAGAGAAUUCAUACUGGAGAGAAACCCUAUAAGUGUGAUGACUGUGGAAAAGACUUUAGUCAGCGUGCACACCUUACUAUACAUCAAAGGACCCAUACUGGAGAGAAACCAUAUAAAUGCUUGGAAUGUGGUAAAACCUUCAGCCACAGUUCAUCGUUGAUUAAUCAUCAGAGAGUUCAUACUGGUGAAAAACCUUAUAUAUGCAACGAAUGUGGAAAGACCUUCAGCCAGAGUACACACCUUCUUCAACAUCAAAAAAUACAUACUGGAAAGAAACCAUAUAAAUGCAAUGAGUGUUGGAAAGUGUUUAGUCAGAGUACUUACCUUAUUCGACAUCAGAGAAUUCAUUCUGGAGAAAAGUGUUAUAAGUGUAAUGAAUGUGGAAAAGCCUUUGCUCAUUCCUCAACUCUUAUUCAACACCAGACUACUCACACUGGAGAGAAAUCCUAUAUAUGUAAAAUAUGUGGAAAAGCCUUCAGCCAGAGUGCAAACCUUACUCAACAUCAUAGAACACAUACUGGGGAGAAACCAUACAAAUGCAGUGUGUGUGGGAAAGCCUUCAGCCAGAGUGUACACCUUACUCAACAUCAAAGGAUUCAUAACGGAGAAAAACCCUUCAAAUGCAAUAUAUGUGGGAAGGCGUAUAGACAGGGUGCCAAUCUUACUCAACAUCAAAGGAUUCAUACUGGAGAGAAGCCGUAUAAGUGUAACGAAUGUGGGAAAGCUUUUAUUUAUUCCUCAUCACUUAAUCAACAUCAGAGAACUCAUACUGGAGAAAGACCCUAUAAAUGUAAUGAAUGUGAUAAAGAUUUUAGCCAGAGAACAUGCCUUAUUCAACACCAGAGAAUUCACACGGGAGAGAAGCCCUACGCCUGCCGUAUCUGUGGUAAAACCUUCACCCAGAGUACGAACCUCAUUCAGCAUCAGCGUGUUCAUACAGGUGCCAAACAUCAUAAUUAAUGAGACUUCGGUUUAGGUUUUUCAAUUCAUCCAAAUUUUAUUUUGUACUUUGUUAAAACAUUCAAAAGAAACCUAAGAGAAGUGCAAUAUAUGUUAGAUGUCCUUCAGCAGAAGUGUCAGAAUUAGUAAUGUGGAUAUAAGCUAUUUAAAUUUAAUGUGAAAUUUGAAGAGAAAAAUUUAUUCACUUCUUAACCUUUAUUUGAUAUCAGUUUAGUUCCAGAAAGAAACCCAGUAGGAGUACUCAAAAAUCUGUAACUCAUCAACUCUUAGUGUAUUUCACGUACUUCUUAAUGAGACCUUGUGAAUGUAACUUGGGGAAGCUUCCAUCAAGUAGGGAUUUCACACUAGUGAGUGAUCUUGGGAUAAUUGAAGAAGCUGCUUUCAGACCUUUAUUUCUUCCCAGCUUUGAAGCCUUAAAUAUAUAAAGGGUUCCCUUCCCUUUUCCUAUUAUGCCAUAACUGCCAUGCGGAGCCAGUAGAUUGCAAAAUAUAUAUAGUCGAAAGUAUCUUAAUUUUUAUGUGACAACCAUUUAGUCACAUUUUCCUUUAAAUAUUGAAAUACUCAAGGAAGAACUUAAGGGAAGUUGAUCUGUUAGGAUAAACUAAUGUAUAUAUAAUCCUUAGACAUUUGUACAAAUUUAGUUAAAAAGGCAAAACUUAAACAUCCAACCUUAAAUUCAUCUUUAAAACCUAUUAGCCUUAGUUUCACUAGGUUUUGACAUCUGUCCUGAAGGAAAAACAAGAAUAAAAUUCCCAUUUUUGUUUCACCUGAUUCCUAAAUUCAUUCCUUAAGGUUCCCCUUUGGCUGUUUUACCACAGAAAGCCUGUUUCUGUUGAGACACAUUUCUUGAGUGCCUACUGUGCUCAAGGCCCAAACUUCCUAAUUGGAUCCUUUCAGGGCUUAUUGUGUUCAAAACAAAACAAAACAGCUAUUUUAAGAACAGAAAGCUUUCUAAAGUGAAAGAUGACAAAGGACAUGUCACAGAAUGAACAUAAGCCUACUAAAAUGGGUUGCUGAAUGUGACCCCCCCCAUCCCAAGACAAAGAAGUAGUGAAAGCAGCUACUUACAAAGUGUGAGGAAAAGAUAAGUAAUAGAAGGUAGAUUUAAGUGCACUACAGAAAGAGGGUCAGGGAGAAAAGGGUGAAUACUUAGCAGGGAAGAAAGAAUGCACAGGUAACUUAGAGCAUGAGCUGUUAACCUGGUUUACUUAAAAAAGUAAGAGCAGAUAAUGGAAUAAGACAAAAUCCAGCCUAUUAAGAAGAAACUAAAGAUGAAAUGACUGAUUUUAAAAAGGAAUAAUUGGAAUUAGUACUUUUUCAUACAUAUAAGUAUAACUGGGAAUUGCUUUUAAAAUGUCAGAAAACAAAUUUAUUGGGAAAAGCACUGAUGCAGAAACUAUCAUUGUUGCAAUAAUAAUAACUAAGUUUGUGGGGGAUCCUAAACAUAAAAAAGGAAAACUGGCAGAAAUGCAAAUUUUACUUAUUUCUAGGUAAAAUACUAUAAAUUUCAUAUCCACAGCAUUCCACUACCAGAAUAUAAGACUGUAUUCUGAGAGCUGAGAUUUCAUUCUGCUCAAUUUGUUUCUUCAGUGCCUUGCAUAUGGAAAGUGGUCAAAUAUAUGUUUGUUGAAUUAAUGAGUAGGUAAGUUAGAACUGAGUAAUAAGGAAGAAUUAACAGAUACGGAGUGAAACUGGUUGAAUUUAAAUUCUUUUUUUGUACGUAUGUGCACAGAAAUGUUAAAUACUGUUAUUUAUUGGGUAAUAGGAACUACCUAAAAUUGAAGAAUCAGAAUUCUACAUCUUAACAGUGGGGAAUAUCCUAAAGAGAUCACGGGACAGACAUCUCUGCACAGGAAGUUUUCCUGAGCUGGAUGAAGAAAAAUUGAUACAAAUUCUGGUGCCGUAAAUAUAAAUUUAAGCAUAUAUUGAGACCAUGCGGUUUCAUUUGGAUGUUACUGUUGAUAAGGACAUCCUACAAACACGUGCCGGAAGGAAAGACCUGGGGUGCUAGCAUCUUCAAGGCUUUCUUGUUGAGUGUUUUCUUCAAGUUAUUGCUUUCCCUUAGCCUCACACCAGCUAACCCUGAUGUCAUGGAAUCUUUCUUCACAAAGUGUAGAUUGUCUUCAGGUUGCAUAAUAGUCAAGUUAUGCUUAUGCCAUAGUUACCAUGUUAGAAAAUAACCAUUGUAUUUAAGAUACGACUUUUAUUUAUAAUGCCACUUCAUACCUAACAUACCACUUCUGUUUUCCAUCCUGGCAUGAAUGUGUGGAGUAUUAUAGUCCAUAGCACCUUUGCUUUAAUUUGUAUUUCCUGCCUUUGUGAGUUUUAUGUAAAUAAUGCAUUUAUAAAGUCUUCCAUUGAUCCA